AUGGAUAAAAAAAAAUUGAAAAGUGAGAUAAUUUCAUGCAGAACAGCUGUUAAGAAGGCUAAAGUAAUAGUUGUAAGAAAAGCAAUUAAAAAACUUAAAAUUUUAUCAUCUUGUAAAAAUGAUUCUCUUAAGGACAAAAAGUUAGGUAAAGCAGAGAGAUUAUUAAAAAGAAUUCAUGCAAUAAAGAAAUUAAAAAAUGAUCAAGUCACUAAGUUUGCUUUAGAAAAUGAAAAUUAUGAUGUUUUUCUAAAAAAGGAACCAAAUAAUUUUGAGCUGACUGCAUUAGCCACACUUGCCAAGCACAAGGCUAUCACUGAUGAAGUUAUUAGAAUUAGAAAUCAAAUUCCUGAUUGGAAAAAUGAGUUACCAAAAUUAUUAAGUUCUUGUUUUACUAAAAAUAACAGCAAAAAAAAUAGUAAACGUUUAUUUAAUUCUGUAAGUAAAACUAAAGUUACUGAUAAAAAUGUUAGAGUUCCUAAUUCGAAAAGUACAAAACGAGACAAUAAAAAUAGUUCUAAUAACACAAAAAAUAAUUACCAAGGAAAUUGGAAAAAAAAAUUUGAAAAGAAAUUUAAAAAUGCAGAAAAAGACAAUAAUAGUAAUGAUGUUAUAAAUAAGAGUGAUGAAAAGAUAGAUGACAAUUUUUUUAUUCAGAAAAAAGUGUUUGUGCCUAAAUUAUUAACAGAAAAUAAUGAGUCAAAACAAAGAAAUGAAUCAGAAAGACAUACAUUACCUAAUUGUAAACCAAAGAACAAAUCAUUUCAUAAAAUACAAAAAAAUGUAAAAAAUACAGUGAAAUUAGAAAAAAAAAACACAGAAUCAGAAAAUUUGCAUCCUUCUUGGGCUGCUAAAAGAGUACAAUUAAUAAAGCCAUUCGAAGGAAAAAAAAUCAAAUUUUCUGAUGAUUAA